AUGUAUAUGGUGCCUGUCCUCGAUUCCACUACCCUCUUUUGUUGGAUGAUCGCUGUGCGGUCGAUUCUAGCUAGCGCGGAGCCCCAAGGUCGCGUUGCAUAUGAGCCCGGAGCAAUGGUCAGUUAUGUCAAUGUUUUUGGCGCUAGUUUUGGCGACCCUAGCAUUCUCGAAUUGGAAUCUAAAUAUGAAAAUUACUACCGUGGCAUGGCCCGGGUUCAUCUAGAUUGUCUAUUUGACUUCGCUGAUUGUUGCAAAUAUAUUGAGGACAAAUAUGUAUUUAAUAUGGUUUUUACAGACGGCCAGUCAACGAGAGUGCAACCCAAGGAUAUGUUUCUUUUUUCUCCGGAUCAGGUUGUGAAAAGAACAGCAAGUAUCACUGAGCGCGAAUAUAUAGAACGCCAGUGA